CUCCCUGGCUCCAUCUGGGGUGGGGGGACGAGCUCCGCCCCCAGCCUAGGGCGGAGGCUCCGCGCAGCGGCUCCCGGAUCCGGGCUCACCCAGGCUCCCGCUCGCCCGGCUGCAGCGUCGCCGCGACCCGCGGCUCCACCGAGGCCCGACGCGGGUCCCUGAAAAUGAACUGGACGGCGGCCGCGUGCUGGGCUCUGCUGCUGGUGGCCGCCUUCCUCUGCGACAGCGGUGCGGCCAAGGGCGGCCGUGGAGGGGCGCGGGGCAGUGCCCGGGGCGGGCUGCGCGGGGGCGCGCGGGGGACCUCGCGGGUGCGUGUCCGGCCCGCGCCCCGGUUCUCGGGCUCCUCAGCUCGUUUGGCUGCGGCGGGGGCGGCUGCGGGGGCAGCAGCAGGGGCAGCUGCUGGGCUGGCAGCGGGUGGGGCCUGGAGGCGGGCCCCGGACCCCGGACCCCGGGGCCUGCAGGACGAGGACGCUGGCCCUGACGGGAACGGGACCGUGUACAGCUACCUGGUGCUGACCUCGGGCGCCAGGCCCCCCGCCGGCCCCCGCCUCUGCCUGCUGCUGGGUAGUGUGCUGGGAGCCCUGGCACUGCGAGGCCUCUAGCCCCCUCAACUCAGCCCACCGCGGGUGGUCAGCGUCAGCCUGACCCAGGACCCCGGGUCUGCCCCAAAGGCAGCCGCCCAGCACUCAGACCGCCUCUGAUGCACCCAUGCUGGCCUCACGACCUGCCCCCGUUGGCCGGGCUGGCUGUGGCAGGACACCCAGCUGUCCCCAGACAGAAGAGACACAAGUGGUUCCAGGGACUCUCGCUCUGGCCCUUGGUGGUCCUGCCAGCAGCCUCGUCUCCCUCUGGUGCCACCCUGGAGCCCACUGCACAUUCCGUCCUGCCUUGGAACAGGCCAACUGCACAUUUCCCGGAACCUCAGGCCGCGUGAGAAGCCACACGUUCCAACCCAGGCCUUCCCAACCCUGCUGUCGGGGCCCAGCCCAGGCUCGGGACAGCAGCCAGCAGCCCCCUGAAGAGCCCAGGGGCAGCCAUCCCGUGGCUCAGUGUUCUCACGACGCAGCCCCUCAGAGGCCGAGACUCGGGCAUGAGGAAGGCUCAGAUCACAGCCACCACCGCCCAGCAGAGGUCCUGGGGCAGGGCUGAGGCAGGCGGGAAAAGCACAGCAGACGCUCAGCUCCCACUGGCUUUGCUCUGAGAAGCCCCACCCAGAGCGCUGGCCCUGGGCAGUGGCCACAUCCCCAACCUCCUCCCUGAGCUCAGCUCGGGGGGCUGCUCCCACCAUGGUGUCCACCUUUCCCAAGGCCAGGCCUCCAGCUCCUCUGGCCGUCCUCUGGUGCUCAGCAGAGCCUGCCCGUUGCCCCUGGCUCAGGACAGCGGGAGGACCAGGAACCAGCACUGUCCAGACGGGGCAGGACACACCUCCUGCAAUCCCUCAUUCGCACUGCCAGGCCUUCAGACCACAAAGGCCACCAGAGGCGGGGCCUCUGGGGCAGCAGCCAUCCUGGCCUCGACCCAGUCCCAGCCGCAGCUGGAGCAUCUCCACAGAGAACCUGCCAAUGCUGCUCUCUGGACCCAGGACCGUGGCCUCUCGACACCACCAGACAGGAGCUGCAGCAGGACCAGACCUGCAGCGUGGGGCACACCUGAGUCCAGUGCUGCCUCCCCACCUGUCUAACCAGGCAGGCCCAGGCCGUGAUAGGCAGGAGUGGAGAGUUGGAGGGUAAGUGCAGAACAAGCCAGUGUGGCAUGGGGUGGCCCCGGGAGUAGGUCAGACCCAGACAGGGCAGCGAGGGGAGGGGGCCCCGGAAAGGAGUGGGGGCAGCGCCACAAAGGCCUCCCCUGGGGCUAGAGAACACGUAGGUAGGGCAUCUGCGUUGCCUGCAAACCCAGGUUCGAUCUCCAGCAUCCCAUAUGGUCCCCUAAGGUCACCAGGAAUUACUCCUGAGCACAGAGCCAGGAGUAAGACCUGAGCACCUCUGAGGUAUGAUCCAAAAAAACAAGAACAAAAGAUUUUCCCUGGCCAAUAAACAGGAACACUGGGCCCUGGAUCCGUGGCCCUCUGUGGCCGUAUCUGCUGGGCACUCAGAUGCAGCAAGGCCUCCGGGCCUCCAGUGACAACAGUGAGCCUAGCCCAGUCCCCACACGGCUGGGCCAGGAGGACAGUGUCCAGAACUGUGCACGUUUUCCUGGUGUUGAAAUAAACAUCUGCUGGUGACCAGAGGAGA